ACCCAUACCGAGUACUCAGUUCGUGGAACGAGUCGUCUCACUGCAGUAAUUGGACAGGAAUUACAUGUAGUCGUCGGCACCCAAGCAGGGUCACUGUCUUGAAUCUGGUUUCCAUGAGUUUGGGAGGUUCGAUAUCUCCAUUUAUAGGAAAUCUAUCCUUCUUACAAGUUCUCGACCUUACGGAAAAUGAAUUCAUUGGUGAACUUCCUCAAGAAAUUGGUCAGUUAUCCAGAUUGAAAACAUUUUCCAUAUCCCUUAACAAUAUAUCUGGUACUAUUCCACCCCAACUUUAUAACAUCUCCUCCAUCCGUGUUUUUAUUGUAACCGGAAAUAAACUUCAUGGAUCGCUUCCAUCAUAUAUCGGAAAUACUCUCCUUAAUCUCCGUAGACUUUUAAUAGGUGGUAACAGGUUCCAUGGCUUGCUACCAAAAUCGGUAUCCAAUCUUUCUAGAUUGGCUAUACUAGAUGUCUCUGAGAAUCAGUUCACAGGACCUGUACCGACCAAUUUGGGCAGCUUGCAAGAUCUCGCAUAUCUAAAUAUUGGAUUAAAUUCUCUUGGAACCGGUGAAGUAGAUGACCUUGGGUUUAUUGAUUCAUUAUCAAAUUGCAGUCACCUAGAAGUCCUUUCCUUCAGUUAUAAUAAAUUGUCAGGGAAACUACCGGAUUCCAUAGCCAACCUCUCAACAAAGCUUACCAAUUUGUACAUGGGAAAAAACAACAUAUUCGGCGAAAUUCCUCGUGGAAUUGACAACCUGAUCAGCCUAAACAGAUUAAGCAUGGCAUUUAACCGACUAACAGGAAGUAUUCCAGAUUCCAUAGGAAAGCUAACUAAUCUAUUGGAAGUUAUCCUGGGGGAUAACCAACUCUCUGGACACAUUCCAUCAGACAUCUGCAACAAUACACAACUAGAAGAAUUAUAUUUGGAAAACAACAGAUUAGACGGUACCAUUCCCCAAAGUCUUGGCAGCUGCGGCAAUCUGAAAGUAGUGGUACUUUCUAUGAAUCAACUUGUAGGUACCAUUCCUAAACAACUGAUUGGUCUUUCUUCACUCUCAGUGCAGCUUAACUUAUCCUGGAAUCAGUUGACUGGUAAUUUGCCUUCAGAAGUCGGUAAUUUGGAAAGGAUUUUCCUCCUCGACUUGUCAAAUAAUCAAUUAUCUGGGGAAAUUCCAAGCUCUUUAAAGAAUUGUCUUGGCUUACGAGUACUUUUUCUUAAUGGAAAUUCAUUCGAAGGGAUCAUUCCUCCAUCAUUAAAAAGUUUGAAGGGAAUUCAGGGCUUAGACAUAUCAAGCAAUAACUUGUCUGGUCGAGUUCCGGAGUAUUUGGAGUCCUUUGCUUCCCUCGGGGCUCUGAAUAUAUCUUUCAAUGACUUUGAAGGUGAAUUACCAAAACAAGGAAUUUUCAAGAACUUAUAUGCAUCUGAAGUCCGCGGAAAUAAAAAGCUUUGUGGAGGAAUUCCUGGACUACAUUUACCAAGUUGUCCAAAACCGCCUGGAUCUAAAAAGCAAAGUAAGCGAUUCCCUCUGAAGAGACUGCUUCUAAUAAUCUUCGGAACUGUUAUCUGCGUAAUUUUCUUGGGUUCCUUUCUCAUAUGGUUUUGGAGGAGAAAAACAACAGCGAAAGGUUCAUCUUCGUCUUUGGAAGAUCCUGUAAAUAAUAAGUUUCAAAAGGUUUCAUACAAAGAGCUUCUUAAAGCAACAGAUGGAUUCUCUGCAGAAAAUUUAGUUGGAGUCGGAAGUUACGGAUCUGUUUACAAGGGAUUAUUAGUGCUAAACCAAGAGACAACAGUUGUUGCAGUGAAAGUACUAGAUCUUCAAAGACGGGGAGCAUCAAAAAGUUUCAUAGCUGAAUGUGAUGCAAUGAGAUCCAUUCGCCAUCGUAAUCUCGUGAAAAUGUUGACUUCUUGUUCUAGUAUUGACUUCAAAGGAAAUGCAUUCAAAGCUCUAGUUUCCGAAUUCAUGCCAAACGGAAGUCUCGAGAACUGGUUACACCCAGAAGAAAAUCACGAACAGUCAUCGAGGAGAUCGCUUAGUUUUAUGGAGAGGCUAAAUGUAGCUAUUGAUGUUGCUUGUGCAUUAGAUUAUCUUCAUCAGCAUUGUCGGACACCAAUAGUUCAUUGUGAUCUAAAACCAAGUAAUGUUUUGCUUGACGAUGACAUGAACGCUCACGUUGGUGAUUUCGGACUUGCUAAGUUUCUAGGUGGUGUCAUCAUCAAUGUUGAAGCUGAGCACCACACCAACAGUACUUCCGUCGGAAUAAGAGGCUCAAUUGGUUAUGCAGCUCCAGAGUAUGGAAUGGGCAGCGAGGUCUCGACUAACGGAGACGUCUACAGUUACGGGAUCAUGGUGCUAGAGAUGUUUACUGGAAAGAGACCCACGGAUGACAUGUUUGCAGAUGGUUUAAGCCUUUAUACCUUUGCUAAGAGAGCUCUCCGUCCAGAUCGUGUAAUGCACAUCGACCCUAGAAUGCCACUUUCUCAUGUCCAUGACGAAGAUAAUGAUGAAACCAACAACACAGAAAUUCCAAGCAAUGGUGAGAGUGAGGCCAAGUUAUGCGAGGCUUUGACAGGGAUUAUCAACCUUUCCAUUAUGUGUUCUGUUGAAUCACCCAGUGAACGGAUGGAAAUGGCACAAGUUGUGAAAGAGUUGCAAUCAAUCAAGACUAUAUAUCUCUCGAGUGUGGGAUCCCAAUAAAGUAUCCAGUGGAUGGGAGUGGCUUGCAGCCAAUUAGGGGACCAAUAAAAUGACAGUUUCCUCUUUGAGAAAUCCUUAAAGUACAUGCAUGCAUGAACCUAAUUAUACUUCCUCUGAUAUACUUUUGAUUAAUAAGAUAUUUUUG